AUACAGACAAACCAAAGCAGGUUUAUAGGCGAGUGACUUUAGCUUAUUACUCUUAAACACUGAAAAUGAAAGAAAGAAACAAAAUAAAAUAUGUUUCCUUUCUAAACUAUUCCACAAUAAACUCCUGUAACUGUUCUAAUCUUUAUUUUUAGUACGUUAGUAGUAACUUUGCUUUUCCUUCUAGGACGAGUCAACAUGUCUGCAGUUGUCAGACAGCAGCGUUAUCUGUCCACCGCAGGGGCUGAUGGGAGGUGUGAGGAGCCUUCAGGAACCACGUGGCCCUCGUCUGAUCUCACAGCUCGUCCUUGUUUGGCCUCAGCUGCAUCAGAGCGCCACUUCUCCCCAGGUUCACCAGAGGAAACACCACUGCACACAAUGCUUUUCCUCCCAGCUGCUGCUCUGUGCUGUCUGUGUUCAGCGCUGGUUGCCAUGGCAGCAGAGCUGAUUCAGGAUGAUUUAACAUUGACCAGGAGAGUUGGUGGAAAAGUUUCCUUCAGCUGUCGAGGAACUAACCAGUGUGGUGAUAAUUAUGUAUACUGGUACCAGAAGGGAGACACAGAAACAUUCACAUUGAUUCUUGAUAUUGAUAAGAGAGAUGGUACAAUAGAUUCAAGUUACAAUCAUCCUCAGAAAGAUGAUUUCUCAGCUGUGAAUAAACAGAACGGCUGUGAGUUGGAGAUCCAGAAGGUUAAACUCAGUCAUUCAGCCUCCUACUACUGCGCCUGUGAUACUCUCCACAGUGAUAAACGGCUCCCGCAAUACGUCCUGGAAGCCCCGGUACCUCGGUCAACCGGAUUAGCCGCCACGCAGCACACCGGUAGACACGGUAACCAGACAGGAACAACAGCAGUCCGGGGAGGCUGCCAGAGACAGACGCCCGCUCCUUACACCAGUCUGCUUCAUCAUUUGGACUCGUUCACCUCAGCUGACACGCUCAACAGCAGACAGGUUUUUGUAUUACUCUGUUUCACUGUGGGAGGAGGAGUAUACUUGAGCUUUGGCUCUGGAACUAAACUUUAUGUAACAGAUGAGCCGGUAGUGAAGCCCGUGGUGAGCGUGUACCCAGCAGCAUCCAGAGCCCACCUGGAGGGGAAGAGCUCCCUGCUGUGUCUGGCCUCAGCCAUGUUUCCUCCUCUGGUCCAGUUCUCCUGGAAAAGACGAAAGGACAACGGUCCUCUGGAGGAGCUGCCCCCUGCUGAGGGAGAGCAGCUGGAGCUCAGAGAGUCGGGACGCACCGCCGGCAUCUUGCUGAUCCGUCAGCCAGAGAACAGCACGUAUAAAUACCGCUGCUACGUCCACCACGAGGGGGGCACAGUGGAGGCCCCAGCAGAACAAGAGGUUCCAGCUCCAGCAGCCUCCUGUCCUCCAGAGAGAGAGCCAGCACACCUGCCAGCUCUGCAGCAAGCUGACUUGUCCUUCCAGUCUCAGUGCAAGGUGAAGCUGCUCUGUGUGCUGUACACAGUGCUGAUAGUGAAGAGUCUGGUGUACUGCUGUGGACUCUCUCUGCUGAUGAUCCUCAGAAACAAGGGACCGUCCACCAACUGCACACAUGCUGACUGACUGGCCUUUUCUCACCAUCAAACCUCAUCAAUUCAUCUCAUUCAUCACUUUGAUCACUAUUCACAAAUAUCAAUGAUGACGUUGAGGCGACCCCUGCUGUCGCCUAUAUAGUAGGGUUCCUGUUAACCUGCCAUUAGGGCCUUCUGGGAACACCUGGGCCCAGUGUUCCCAGCCUAUAAAGCCUAGGCUCAUGACUCAUUCUCUCUCUCUCUUUCCCCGCAGACAACAUCGCUGGGCAUGUGGCGGCCUUAGGUUCUCCUUGGUUAAUCUUUUGCUUGUUUUAUACAUUUUACAACAUGCACACACCAUUUAUAUUCUCAAUGCACACCUUACACUACUGAUACUACUGAUAUUCACACUCCAUACCUUUUGAUCCUUUUGUUCUGCAUAAUUUACUCUACUUUUGUUAAAUAGAUUAAUUGAUUUUAUCAUCACCACGGUGUGUCUUCCUAUUUGUCAUGGCCUUGAGAGCCAGGUUGUGAUAAGUUGGGGGCUCGUCCGGGAUUUGAACCCGGGACCUCUCGCACGUUUUAAUAUUUUUAUGCAGGUUAGAUACUGUCAUCCUAAAAAUCCUAAUACAUACACACACACACACACACACACACAAACACACACACACAUAUAUUUGCAGUUCCUCUGUAUAAUUUCUGUGUAGUGUUAUUUUGAUGCUGUUUAUUGACUUGUAUAAUAAUAGAACAUUAAGAUGAAUCAUUAGCUGUCUGGUAGAUAUUUGAUUGUUUACAGUGUUUUUAUGUUCUUGUGUUUCUUUUUAAUACAUUAUACAGAGUCAGAUUUGUCAAAUUCAUUCAGUGUAACAUUCUCAAUAAAG